AUGGCGCUCCCGACCGGGAGAGCCACGUACAAGAAGAAGGAUGGCAUCCUCACGCUGACAGACGACCGGAAGGCGCUGAUAUGGACGCCGCUGCCUGCGACGGGCCCGCCCACCGUGUCUCUGGUCCUGGACAAUAUCAUGAACCUGCAGCAGACACCAGAUACAUCGCCAAAGGUCAUAUUGAAAGUCAUUGAGAAGCCGAGGCCGGGUGUAGGUGACGGCACCACACCCCAGCAGUUUCUCUUCCAGUUUACCUCGCCCACCGAUGCCCGGGCCGAGGCAAAUGCAAUCAAGACUCUGCUCUCCCAGAUACUGGCCGCUGCCCGUGAGAAUGACCCAAAUGUGCCGAGACCGGUCGGCGCGCCUCAGGCCGGAGCCAACGGCGGCGGCGCGUCGGCGGCCAUGUCGUUUGCCAGCACCGUAAAUGCCAAGGCACCAGCAGUGCGAUGGUUCGACGACAAGACGCUCAAGGCCGAUGUCGAUCUCCAAAAGUCUCUGAUGAAGAAAGACGCGGCUCUGGCCCGGACGUACGCCGACGCCCUUGCUCUGAAGCCCGACUCGAUUCCUGUGGCCGCCUUCAACGCCCAGUUCUGGUCUACCCGCGUCGGGCUUCUUCGUUCCCACGCCAUCGAGCUCAACCAAAAGAAGGGCGCGUAUAAUGUGCUCUCGACCAUCAAACCCCGGACAGAAGACGGCCAGUUCAAACUCAACAUCUCAUCAGAGCAGAUAUCCAUGAUUUUACAGCAGCACCCCCUUGUACGAAGGAUAUACAACGAGAACGUUCCCAAACUCACCGAGAGCGAGUUCUGGUCUCGCUUCUUCUUAAGUAAGCUGUUCAAAAAACUGCGCGGCGAGCGUGUGACGGAUAAUGACAAUGCCGACGCCAUCUUCGACAAGUACCUCGAUGCCGAUAACUCAUUUGGCUUUGCAAGCAAGAUUACGGCAACCCAGCAUGUACCCCAUAUCAUCGAUUUGAAGGGAAAUGAGGAGAACCAGGGCGGGUUUCAGGGCGGCAACCGCAAGGAUGCCGAGAUGCGGCCCCGCGCCAAUGUCCCCAUCAUCAAGACGCUCAACAGCCUUAGCGAGAAGAUCAUGGCCAACGUCGCGCCCACAGACCUCGACCCAUCCUCUACAGACGGGCUUGUCGAUGAUGUCCGGACCUUCAGUGAACUCACCCUGCGGGACCUGCGCGGCGAUGCCGAGACGUCCCACAUCAUACUUCACGUCAAGGAGCAAAACAACUUCUUUUCCAAGCAAGACGCUCAGGCAGAGGAGGCCAAGGUUUACGAAAACCAAGUCCCGUCAGAAGUCCUCUUCGAGGUCCAAGCCGACCUGGAAACGCUAGACGGCGAUGGGUCGGGCGGAAUAGAUCUCCGCAAGGCCAUUGGCGUCGACAACGAGAGCGACAGCGACACCGAGGUCAAAAAACCCCCCCGCGUCGGGUCCCGCAGCGCCAGAAAGCAAGCGCAGGACCAAGUGCUCGAAGGAAUGCGGAAGAAGCGCGCCGAGACGUACGGCAGCUGGGGGGGCGACGGGGAUGACGACUCGUCGCCCAUGGGCAUCCCGCCCGACAUUGCGCAGCGGUGCUUCCUGACCAACGCCACGACGACCGAGUUCCUGAAGCAGUUCUGGAACGCGUUCUUGUCGGGCGACCCGGCGCGGACGCAGGAGCUCGCGUACCACGUCGAGUCGCUGCGGCGGUCGGCCGAGCGCAUCGACGCGCUCGCGGCCGAGGCCGAGAGCAUCAGACAGCAGCUGAUAGACAAGCGGAUGCGCGAGAUCAAGGAGCACUAUCAGCGGACGCGCAAGAAGAUCCGGUGGCAGCCGCCAAAGGGGGGCAAGGACUCGGUCAUGGCGCUGUUUGAAGCGACCUUGACGAAUCUAAACACUGCACAGGCCUUGUAUAACUCGGCGUUUGGGGUGGCAAACGGAAGACUCAAGUAA